GUACAGCAUGCACGCCCCCCGCGCCCCAACCCCAACCCCUUACCCUUCCUACAGGAAAAGUCUAACACAAUUGCUCUCGCAUUCUCGUAUACCUCGUCCUUGCGUUAAGCCAAUUCUAUCUCAGUGCUGAAUAACACUCUCGGCCAGCGCACACUUAAUACCGUCUCUAAACGUAGUCCAGCUUCAAAAGUAAUACGAAUUCAAAUACACCGAAACGUGGAUAAAUAAGGGAAGGAUGCCGGACAGCGUGGGAAACACUUCGUUUCACCGCGCUUAUAGCGACGAACUCUCAGGACCAGAAGACAGCGUGUCGGACUCUAGGCCGAAAGCUGGGGCAGCCAGCACAGCAGCUUCUCGUCAAUAUCGCACCGCACAACGCCUCAGACAUGCUAUUGGCGCCAAUAAGGUUUGGGCCUGCGAUCGAUGCUACCGAUUGAAGAUCAAGUGCGACUCGGGCAAGCCGGCAUGUUCUGCUUGCGUCAAACACGACAUUGGAGACACCUGCACGUACGGCGGAUCGGAGCGCACAAACAGUUCAAGUAGACGCGGGAGGCGUUACGACACGACAGGAUACGUUCGAAUGCUGGAAGCCAGAGUCAGAGAAGUCGAAGGCUGGUUGCAGAACAAAGGGCAACCAGAUGAUUCUCCGGCAACUCCGCUUCGUGAACACCAGAAUCAGGACAUGCGAAGAAGCCAUCGACCCAGUUACAGUCGUGCGGAGCAAGACCUACCACCACUAUCUGCAAGUUAUGUCCGGACGGUGACAGAGCUGGUAUCACCAUCGCGUUCUGUGGCUCGUCCUUUCCUUGCACACGACGAUCUGUUUGCGCCAGACCUGCAAAUGGAGUUGGUGCGUCUGUUCCUUCGCAUCAUAAAUCCACUCAUAUGGGCUUCCCCUUACCACGACAGCACAAUCACGGCGAAACUGUGCCUGGAGCGACCGAGCCACUCAGAGUUUCUCGUCAUGGGAAUGUGUGCUAUGGCUGCACCAUUCUCAGAUCAUCCAGCUAUCAAGCGGUUCAUGGCUGAGAAUGGACUGCCAACGUAUGCUGCUGGCAAUGCAUACGCAAAACGGGGACAAGAGAUUCUUGACACCAUCAUCAACGAGCCAUCGCUUGACUUGGUUGUUGGCACGGUGUGGCUAGCUUGCGCGGUUUCCCAAAGUGGAAGAGGAGGAUCCUCGAAAGACGCUUACCUUGCGCAGGCUUUGUCAAUUGCGCGGCAUAUCAACCUGAAUAUAGAUCCUGAUGUCGAAGAAGUGCACGGUGUGCUACCGUGGCUAUUGAAAGAGACCCGGAGAAGGGUGUGGUGGCUGCUCGUGUCGCUGGAUAUCAUCAGCGCCAUACCCACUCCUGCUGAGGCGCCGUCUAUAGAUGGGCGAGAUCACCCGUUGACUGAACGGACUCCAUGCCUUCAAGGCUGGAGACCUACCCCCCGAGCGCCGGCUCCAGAAGCCCUUUUCCAGUCGGUUGCUACCCUCGACGGCCUUCCUCGGUUGAGUGCCUUCGUACCUGGUGAAGACUUCGAUAGCGCGGAAAACAUGGUGACACUGACCAAGUUAUACGCGCGCAUCAAGGCGCUGAGAGGCUCCGCAUGGUCGAUGGCGGAGCGCGCGGCUAAGAUCGCCUCUCAAGACGUACAUCCAACGGCAGCAAUCAAUCGAGCACGCAUGGAGUCCAUCUCGGAGCUCGAGAACGCAUUGACUGCGUGGUUCUCAUCAUUACCCGACUGGGUUCAAAACAUCGAUCGAAUCAACCAGUUUGCGGCGUCACCAGCGAGUCAGAGCCCGCCAUCAUGGCAGCUCGUAACGAUGCAUGUGUACUACCACGCAGCGCACAUCUCUCUCCACCUGCCGACCAUUCUCGAUACUGGCUUCGCUUCCCUCUCACCAUCAGAGCAACUCGGUACAAAGGGAUACGCUUCUGGAGCAUACAACAUCUGCGUCCACCACGCCAUCUGCAACGCCGCCCUGCUCUGCAAAAUUGCCGAUCUUGACCCAGAGGGUCUCACGCAAGGUCCGUGGCUCGCGCUCUUCAGCUUCUACUCGGCUCUUGUGCUGGUCAUCGCAAUGAGGAUAAAACCUCCACCACACUUCGGCAGCGAUUUCCGCCCACAUUUGGAGGCGCACUUCAAAGUAUUGCAACUGCUGGCACCCAGAUGGUAUCCAGCAGGCAGCAUCCUCAACGUCCUGAUGGCCGUGCUCGCAGAGAACGAAGAGCUGGAUGACGAGGCGGGCGUUAUCUAUCACCACGCCAAGUAAAACUUCACAUCACGCUGAGGUGUCUUUUGUAGAAAGAGUAUUUGGGUGCAAGAUGUUUUUUUGGAAGCGGGAAAGGCGCGUUUGACAUCUGACCGUCGCUUUUUUUGUGAACGGUUUUGUGAGCUACCUCCCUACCUAAUAUAUACUGCGUACAUAUUAUGAGUGCAAAUCCUAGCGUUUGGCUGUCCUGAAGGGUUUUAAACAUCCG